GGCCUCCACUUCCCCUCCCGCGCUCCCGAGUAUGCAAGACAGUUGGAAUGUUCCCGCCACGCCGGGCCUGAAUUCGUUCAGCGAGGACGAUUGCAGCAUGCCCGCCGUUGACGAGUGGCGCCCGCGGCCGCGGCGCCCACUCGCCCACCCGCAGCGCUGCGACGGCUCCACAGUCGCUCUAUUUGCGUACGCAGCGGCCCCGCCGCGCAGUUCCACGCCUGCGGGCGCGAGGGCCGCGUCGCUGCGACAGGACGACGACGGGCGUGCUCGCUUCUCCGGUCGACUCCGCUAUUACCUGCCCGAGGGCUGGUGCUCGUCGUACAAGUUCACCGUCUUUGAGCGCUCUUACGUGGUGCAGCUGGACUCGCACGGCAGCGAGCAGUUCUGCCUCGCCCGCCCGGUCACCGCCAGCCUCGCCGACGCCGCGCGCGACUUUGAGCUCGUGUGGCCGGUGCCUCUCGAGCCCAGCAUCUUGGACGCCGUGGCGCACGCUUGCGACGCCAGACAGGCGACCAAGCGAAAGCCGGAAUCUGCAGCCGCGGCGGAGCUGGGGGCACUGUCGAGCAUGCACACCAAACUGCGACGGCUCUCCGUGGCGAGCCAUGGGCCGCAACCACCGCAGCUGCACCCGCAGCCGCCACAGCCGCAGCACCACGUGGCUCGUGGCAUGUGGCACGUACCCGGCAACGCGCUGCAGUGAUCUAUCUAUUAAGAGCGCGCCGAGGCGCUGUCUCCUCCUGCGCAGCCGUAUACGUCGAUCGUCGUCCCUUGCGAUACGAUACAAGAAAGAAAAAGCAAAA